GGUGGUCCGUGUGGUUUGAGCUCAGGAUCUCAGGACGGGAACAUGUGAGCAGGGAAUGGGCGACUGGAAACAGGAUUAUUGUUCUACACAACAGCGAGACGCAGGAGGGGCCCGGGACAGGAGAGACACGGGGACACUGACAAAUCAGAGGAGAUUUUUUUUUCCUUUUUCAUUUUUGCGCAUCAGAGAAGUCCGGGAAAUAGCUGGCCAAAGAUGAACACCAUUGUGUUUAACAAGCUGAGCAGCCAGGUCCUGUUUGAGGAGAAGGCGAAAGAGGUGGAAAUGAGCAGCAGAAAUUAUCUAGAAGUCAUCGACGGGCAACAUCCAGACCUCCUCUCUAGCAACCAGACCAUCAGAGACAACCAGGCCAUCAGACACAGGCGGAGCGGGGGUCGUCCCAGCGGCGGUAAAGUGCGACACAAGCGUCAGGCUCUGCAGGACAUGGCACGGCCUCUCAAGCAAUGGCUCUACAAGCACCGAGACAACCCCUACCCCACCAAGACGGAGAAAAUCCUACUGGCUCUCGGCUCGCAAAUGACCCUGGUCCAGGUCUCCAACUGGUUUGCUAAUGCAAGGAGGCGGCUGAAGAACACGGUGAGGCAGCCAGACCUGAGCUGGGCGCUCAGGAUCAAGCUCUACAACAAAUACGUUCAGGGCAACGCAGAGAGGCUGAGCGUUAGCAGUGACGACAGCUGCUCUGAAGAUGGGGACAACCCUCAGAGGACACAGAGCGGCCCCGAGGAGCUCAACAAGCCUAUGUACCAGAGCGUGAUCAAGAAGGAGGGCUCCUCCAUGGUGGGCAUGGCCAUGGGCAUGGGUAUGGCUAUGGGUAUGGGAGCAGGGCUGCGCUCAGCCGCUGAGGCUGCCUCCCUGGCUGAGGACUACGUGUCUCCACCCAAGUACAAGAGCAGCCUGCUGCACCGCUACCUGAACGACUCGCUGCGCCACGUCAUGGUGGCCAACGCCGUCAUGGAUGCUCGCAAGAGGAACCACUCCGGCUCCUUCAGCUCCAACGAGUACGACGAUGAGCUGCUCUCGCCAUCCUCCUCUGAGGCUGAGGCGAACUUUGUUUAUCGGGCUGAAACCGCAGACCAUGGAUCAAGUAAAUGUGACAACAGUGGCAGCGGUGGCGUCGGAGCUGCGCAGAAGGAGAAGGUGAAGGGCAAAGACGAGACGUAUUGGAGGGAGAUCAACGCCGCCAUGGCCUUGACCAACUUGGCGCAGGGGAAGGACAGUGUCUCCGGGACCACCAGCUGCAUCAUCCAGAAGUCCUCCCAUAUAGCAGAGAUCAAGACUGUUAAAGUGCCUCUGAUGCAGAAAUAUUAGCCCUGACGUCGUCCUCAAAUCUCUCUAUGCAAACCAGAAACAUUCCUGUUUCAGCAAACUUGCUGGAGUCCAAAUAAACUCCCCUUGAAAUGAAAAGAGAACUGCGCGGAACAAAGAGAACUCUCAGUCUUUUUGGUUGUUCUUACUUUCUUAAAAAGUGUAAAAGAGGCCUUGAACAUCAUUAUCUUUGCUGGGUUGAUGUGCGACAGACAAGUGCGACAAGUGUUGAUGAUAAUUUCACUGCAGUAUUUCCUAAAACAAGACACUUUUGUAAUGUUAACUUAUUUUUGAUGACUCUGAUUUUUUUUUUUUAUUUCUUCUUUUUUUAAUGCUACGAAAUUUGUAUUUUGCCAAAGUGCCUUUUGUUAUUUAGACAAAUAACUCACCGACUGUGGUCAAUGCAAAGUACAGAUGCUGAGGUGCCUCUUUCAAAUUUGUGAAGGAAUAUUUGACCAAGUUUAGAGUCACAAGUCAUGAUCCAGCAUUUGUUUUGUGAAUGAAAACUCCCCACAACAGCCUGUGCCUUAAGGACUGAAUGAGCUCACCAUUUGAGGCCCUGGUGAACUCAAAUAGCAUGCACACAAACACAUACACACUCUCUUAGACAAUACUCAGCUCUAAUUCCUUGAAGGCAUUGUUCUUGUUAUGACUGGAGUCUUCAUUUUGACUGUAAAAGGAACACUGUUUUGUCUCAGUCGACCUCUCAGUGCUGGCAGGCCAACAAUAACUGUCGGAUACGCAGAUAAAUUGCCCUAAUGUGAGCAGCAGAUCGAUAAGCAGCCAGUGUUCUCCACCUUGUCCACGUCUCGGCCUUGGAUUUCACAAACCAGCGAAGGAUUCCUUUCUUAUCGUGGCUUUUAGUUGCUGAAACGUGCACAAAUGCUCAGCUGGACCCAAAUGAAGUCACGUUCCCCCAGCAGUGACACAGAUGUACGUAGAUCUACAGGCAUGCUUUAAGGUUCAGUGCAGUAUCUGUUCUAACAGAAGAAUGUCAUGACCUAAAAGGGAUGUUUUUGCUUUGCAUUAUCAGCGUUUUAUGUGGACAGUAUUGGCUUUUCACAUGUUUGUGCUCAGAACAAGAUAGUCCGGAGAAAAGCCGCCACCAGCUCCCCCAGCCUUUUGAUCCUCAGCCCCCUCAGCUGUUUAACAUUACAUUCAAAUUGCUGUUUACAAGAAGCCAGUGGAUAGAUUUAAAAGUUUGACUUACUCCCCUCGCUUUUUUUUUUUUUUUUUUUUUGGUUUGUCUUCAAAACUACAUUCCAGUAUUAUCUAUUUGUCGGCCAAGCUAAUGUUCAAAGUAUUUGUUAUUGUCAAUCUGUACAUGUGUGGUUGUUUUGUUUUUGAUGUUUUGUACUUGGUUUCAGUUAACUGCACCAAAUUAAGAGUUUCUUUUUGUCAUCCAAUGGAAAGAAUCUCCUCUAUAGAAAGUACCUAUGUACGGUGCAUAUGUUAGAAACGUUUGCGGUGAACGAUGCCGAGUUCACAAACUGGGGGCAAAUCAAGAUGGACUUGUGGGAGAAGCUGAAGUUGGCUCUCUAUGCUGACUUUUUAAUUUUGUGUAUAUCUUCAAGGUACUGUUUAUGUGUGUCAAAAUGUACACUCCUUCAUAAAUUGUGCAGUUUUCAUUUUUUCGACAGACCUGGACUGUGGUCGAGGACCUUAAGAGGGAGGGAAGCUGUGCAAAGUGACUUUUUGACCUUUUUUAUGUGUCUUGAAUGUGCAAACUGUUAAAAAAAAGCUGCACUUACAAUUCUUGGUUUUCAAUCAGAAAACACACAGCCUCCACUGAGAACCUAUGGAUGGGUGUGUUUUUACAUAAAGGUGAAGAGAAGUAAAAUAAAUUAAGGACAAACCUAUAUAAUUUCUACUAGCGUGCCUAUGGAAGUACAAUGAAAUCAAUCGCACUAACCAAUCCCCAGGCACUAUUUGCUUAUGCGUGGGGGUUCUGGGCUCCCACAUGUGUUUUUUAUACACCUGAUCCAGGCAGGGUAGCUGCGGGGUAGUGCUGGGCCAGCUCCUUGUGUUUCUAAUCGCACCUCUGAACCUCGGGACCACUCGUGACCCUCACACCUCACACGAUACCCACUCACUGGGAAGAGAAAGAGUGAGGAAAGGAGGCUUCAGAGACUACAGAGCAGCCUUUGUUGUUCCUACCUGCACUCCCUCCCCAACAAUGACACUAUGAGUACUAACAAAAGGGUUUCUAUGGCCAAGACAUUGGUACUGUACAUGCCUUUCUCCAGCACAAGCCCUGCUUUCACAACCAUGCUGACAAAUGGAAAGCUAUGGUAUGUAUUAAAGCCUAUAAAUUAUUAUUACAGACUUUGUAAAGACGAAGAAAGUGGUGACCAUAGUUUGUUUUUUUAUUGUUAAGUUAUAUAAAUUGAGAUUUUUGUUUUGUUUUGAUAGAGACUGGAUUUUCAAUCCAAUGACCAAAUGCAUCUCUCCUUGUAUUGUCCGAGUUGCUCUCAUGUAAUAUUUCUUUUAUAAAAACAGUUGUUUCUUGGUCACAGCAAUGAAUAAACCUCUGAAUGAAAUGAA